AAGUGGCAUCACAGCCAGCGUUCCAGAUGGCACAGGUUGGGUCCAAAUUCCAUUUUGUCUGGCCGUCAAACAUGUCAGCUAUGACCUGGGACAUCUGUGGCUUGUGACUAAAGAUGGUCUCAUCAUGCAGUGUGAUCAGUGAUGUUUGUUGUCUUCAAUUGGUUUGUUUCCUGUGAGAUGAUACCCAUGAAAAUUAACAAAUACAUAUGCAAAUAACAAAUAAAAUAACUAAUAAUCUUUUUUGUCAGCAGUCAAAUUUUAACCUAAUUAAAUAAAUGUUUCUAAUGUAAUUCUGCAAAGAGACAUACUGUAGCAUUAAUGCAGAUACAUGUUUUGAUUAAAAUCAAUACAUACCAUUAAAUCAUUUUGUUGCAUUUA